AUGUUUGCAGCUGCCAGCAGUGACCGCUGGCCAGCCAGAGAAGCCACACGGCGGGACACAGCUCUGUCCUCCACACUGCGUCCUGGAUUUCGCGCUCAAGAGGGCGGGCUUGGUGGCGCCUCCUCGCAGGAGCCACGGGGCAGAAAGUGGAAGCGAAAUGGGAAGCCAGUGAGCCCUCCGCACAGGGCGGACAGGGUGGACAGGGUGAGCGUCCCGGCCAGCAGCCGGGGUCUGGGGGCCUCCUUGCGGCUGGGCAGGAAGCCGGUGCUGGUGCCCUGCGGAUGGCCGUCAGGGCCCGCUGCUGCCCCCAGCCACAGGCCAGCGUGGCACACACGGCGUAGAUACAAGGAGAGGCGCCUGGCCAGGCCCGGUAACCGGAGCGGGGCCUACUUCUGCUUCCUCCUCAACGCCCUGGGCGUGACAGCCAGUGCCCAUCGCCUGUGGAGCCCCAGGUCCCACAAGGCCAAGCUGCCCCUGAGGAUAUUCCUGGCUGCUGCCUACUCCAUGGCUUCCCAGAAUGACAUCUUCGAGUGGGCCAGGGACCACCGAGUCCACCACAGGUACUCGGAGACCGAUGUGGACCCUCACAACGCCCACCGGGGCUGCUUCUUCUCGCACAUCGGGUGGCUGUUUGUGCGCAAACACCAGAACGUCAUUGAGAAGGGGAGAAAGCUUGACCUCACUGACCUGCUGGCGGAUCCUGUGGUCCGAUACCAGAGAAAGUACUAUAAGAUCACCGUAGUGCUCAUGUGCUUCGCGGUCCCCACGACGGUGCCCUGGUGCUUCUGGGGGGAGAGUCUGUGGAACUCCUACUUCUUGGCUUCCAUCCUCCGCUACACCAUCUCCCUCAACGUCACUUGGCUGGUCUACAGUGCUGCCCACAUGUACGGGAACCGGCCCUACGACAAGCACAUAAGCCCCUGGCAGAACCUGCUCGUCACUCUGGGUACCAUUGGUGAAGGCUUCCACAAUUACCACCACACCUUUCCCUUAGACUACUCCGCAAGUGAAUUCGGCUUAAAUUUCAACCCAACCACCUGGUUCAUUGACCUCAUGUGCUGGCUGGGGCUGGCCACUGACCGCAAAUGGGCAACCAAGCCGAUGAUCGGGGCCCGGAAAGCCAGGACUGGAGAUGGGAGCUCGUGAACGUGGGGCCGGCAUCUGCUAUGUCUGCCAUCGACAGACAUGGCUCCUGUUACUGUAGUUCUCUUGUGCAUGGGAUGUGGGUGGGGGUAGAGGGUAGGGAGGGAACAGAAUCUAUGGGGUUUGGGAACUUUCUCUUUGUCUCAAAAUAAUGUCAACUGUCAAUGAAAAAAAAUUUUUAACAUCACCAUAACUAUGAUUCAACAUUAGAGUGUAACACGUGAUUUAGUCGCCGUAGCUACAGUACGUCAAACACACAUGGUCACGUGCUUGUACGUGAUGUUGACCCUGACAGGUUGAAGGAGCUUAAUACUGUCUUGGUGUGAUUCAGGAGAGCGUUAGUUUUCUUUUCUAGCAGUGAACCCAGCGCU